UCAUAAACCUGGACCCACGGAAUUCCGUAAUAUUUGGAUUAAUAGUCCUAAAGGUAAUGGCGCUCCGAAUGGCAGGCAUAUUUCCCUACCAUCUGAACGAUAUCUGGAAUGAAGGCUCGGGUUUCGGUUUUGACGAGUUGAAGAAAAGAAUUGGACGGGAUUUAACCCACAAUUCCCUCAUGGGUGAAAUUGACGCAGUUGAGAGAAUCCUACUGGGCUUAAGGCGAAUCGAUACCCAUGACUGUUUCAUACGCCAUGUUUGCCAAAUUAAGCAGAACCAGUUGGAAGGGAAGAGUUCAGAGUGGGAAGAAACGGUUCUAAAAAUAUUUGGGUUAAAAAAAGCUAGGAAAUAUGAUACUGCGAAGAUGUCAAUCUGGGAUACUUAUGGCGACGCACUAGCACCAAGGAGGGAAAACUGUGACAAGAAAUACAAAUUGUGUCCACUAACGGAAGAGGAUAUUAGUGAAAAGAAUAUUCUUUCUGGCUUAUUUUAGGCGUAAUUCAGUCACGGAAUUAUUGAACGGCUAAAUAAUUGCUCUUUACUACCUCGAUACAUGUCGUGGCAGAAUUAACACAUUUAAGAAUUUAUGCCAAUUAAUGACAAGUUUAGUUAAUUUAGUUGGUAUAGUAUCUUCAGUGGAAUUUGUAUAUUACUUUCAAUGUAAUUUGUAUGUGUUUUCAAUGGAUUUAUAUUUCAACGGUAUUUAUAAAGGUUCAGUUACUUUGUCUUAACAGUGUGUGAUUCAACGGAAUCAACGGAAUGUUAGAUUAAGUUAUAACUGUGUAAAUUAAGGGUGUAAUUGAUAUAGCUCUAAAAAUAAUUUAUUGAGAUAGCUCUCGAAGUAAUUAAGGCGUAAAUGCUAUUAGUUUUUCUAUAAGUCGUAGCAUAAAGAAAAUAAUUAUCAUGCCGUUGAAAAGGCGUGCUACGACGUCCGACCUCCACCCGCUUCGAGGACAUCCGACCUCCAAGCUCCCAUAGUGUAUAAAAUCGCGUGUCUCAAGCGCGACAGCAUCAGUCGAUCAGUAGACUUUAACAGA